UACACGUAUUAGUAAAAAGACACAAGUACACAUAUAAGUAAAAAGACACAAGUAAGUAAUACACAUUAGUAAAAAUGGCAUGCGCACAGAAUGCCAUGAUGUCAUGAUGUUGACGUCACAAAGCCAAAUUCUGAAUGACUCAAAGCCAUCAAUAAAUGGAAGGACAGAUAGAUAGAUAGAUAGAUAGAUUGUAACAUUAUUGAUCCAGAGUGAAAUUCAUCACAGUUCCAUAGUGCAACUAAAAAGGCACAACAGUCUGUCCAGCUAUUUGAAAAAACCCAUCAGAGGAGCAGAAGAUUACAGAGAUGGCAACAUCACGUAGCGUCAUUGUGGCAAAGAAGUUACUGAGGAAAGCUCUACGGAUGACAGCUUCCCUGAAGAGAGCUUACCUGAAGAGAGAUCACAGGAAGAGAGCUCAGCUGAAGAGAGAUAAGCUGAAGAGAGCUCAGCUUAAGAGAGAUCACCUGAAGAGAGCUCAGCUGAAGAGAGAUCACCUGAAGAGAGAUCACCUGAAGAGAGAUCACCAGAAGAGAGAUAUCCAGACAACAGAUCUUCUGAACACAGAACUACUGAACACAGAUCUCCUGAACACAGAUCUCCUGAACACAGAUCUCCUGAGCACAGAUCUCCUGAACAAAGAUCUCCUGAACACAGAUCUCCUGAACGAAGAUCUCCUGAACACAGAUCUCCUGAACACAGAUUUCCUGAACACAGGUUGCCUGAUGACAGCUAUCCUGACCGACCUUGAAUCUCUGACAGAGCAAAAACGUACAGAAAUUCAAUCUCCGUCAUCUCUGACGGAGAUUGAAUUUCUUCAGGCAGUCAUUCACGAUCUUCAGGAAGCUCAGGAAGUCAACAGCAAUGAGAGCUUGUUGAACAAUACACCUGAGGAUCAGACACAUGAGAACAGCCCAAAGGCUCCAUCUGCUGAGGAUCAGACCGAAAGCUGGUGGUCCAGACCUAAAGUUCUACAGAAAGUAGCUUGGUUUGCUAUCAUCGGCAUGGUGGGUGCAAUUGCAUAUAAAACCAUCAAUCAUGGGAUAUGA